GAGCCGGGGAGCUGGCGUGGGUGGCGGAGUGCGGGGCUGCGCGGGGCCAUGGGUUGCUGCCAAGACAAGGACUUUAAGACUUCGGAAGAGCAGACCAAGGAGGCCGGGUCAGACGAAGCCGAGGAAGGUGGGACCAGAGACACAAGGGGCCCAGGGAGCCGGGAGUUGGGGCUAACCCGAUAGGACCACCCGGAGGUUGGACUGGGCAGGGUAGAGCUCAGCAGCCUCAUCAUCCUCGCAGGCACCGAAGGGGUCGAUGCGGACUCAGAGAACCAACGGAAUCGCAGGUCGAACGAAAGCCUUCUGAUCACAGUGCUAUGGCGGCGGCUAUCCAUUUUCAGCCGUCGGGGCUCCUCGCGGUCAAACAAGAGGCAAUCAGGCCAGUGUCAAAAGCAGGCGGGUGUGUUCCAAGAGUGCAAGCGGAAGGGGAUCCUGAAGGAGCCGGAGAAGGGGUGACACUAGUCCUGCUCUCAGUCAGUCCCAGC